AUGAACAAAAACGGAACCGCUAAAAUGAAUGAUAAUCAAAUUAGAGCAGAAGGUAGAAGGUUAUUUAAACGCUUCUAUAACAUUCCUGAUGGUGUUAAUCCUAAAACUCGUAGAAGUUAUUUAAAUGAAGCAAUAGAUUCAUAUGAAGGGUUUGACAUUUCAUCAGAAAGUGAGAGAUUAGCGAGAAUGUUAAAUGUUAAUAUUGAUUUCUAUUAUUGUGAUCCUCAACCAGAAGACGUGGACAUAAAUAAGGUAGACUUUCCAUUAGUGGAAUCAAUAAUGAUAGAUCCAGAAUUUGAAACAGUAAAUAUUUUAUUAACACAGAGUCCAUGUGGAAAACUUCACGCUGACAGAAUAACAGACGUUGAAGCACUCACCGGCUAUAGAGUUUGUCCAUAUUGUAAAGAAGAAGUUUAUUCUAUCCGUGAUGAUCCUUAA